CAGCCGUUGUGAGCAUCAUCCUGUUUUCCAAAAGGAAACACAUUUCACUUGACCUCAGCCAGGGGGACUUGUUGCAUCCUCUCUUCUCAAACUUCGUUCCAGUAUGUGUGUGUUCAGAAACUUUUUUUAACCUUCCCAGAAAGAAGACUGGCCCAUGCACAAGCUGGAAUGCUCUCCCAUGGUUGUUUUCGGGGAGAGCUGGAGUCCCUCCGAGACCGUGAGGCUCACGGCAAGGAUCCUGGCCAAACAGAAAAGCCACCCGGAGAGGACGCCUUCCGAGAAACUGCUGGCCGUGACGGAGUUCGAAUCCCAUCUGGAUAAACUAGACAACGAGAAGAAGGAUUUGAUUCAGAGUGACAUUUCUGCUCUCCAUCGCUUUUACUCCAAGCACCUCGAGUUCCCCGACAACCAGAGCCUGGUGACACUCUUCGCACAGGUUAACUGCAAUGGCUUCACCAUUGAAGAUGAAGAACUUUCUCAUUUGGGAUCAGCAAUAUUUCCUGACGUCGCCUUGAUGAAUCACAGCUGUUGCCCCAAUGUCAUCGUGACCUACAAGGGGACCCUGGCAGAGGUCAGAGCCGUGCAGGCAAUCAGCCCGGGAGAAGAGGUUUUUACCAGCUACAUCGAUCUCCUGUAUCCCACAGAAGAUAGGAAUGACCGGCUGAGAGAUUCUUAUUUCUUCACCUGCGAGUGCCAGGAGUGUACCACCAAGGACAAGGAUAAGGCCAAGGUGAAAAUCCGGAAGCUCAACGAGCCCCCAAAGGCAGACGCCGUCCGUGACAUGGUCAGGUACGCCCGCAACGUCAUCGAGGAGUUCCGGAGGGCCAAGCACUACAAGUCCCCUAGCGAGCUGCUGGAGAUCUGCGAGCUCAGCCAGGAGAAGAUGAGCUCCGUCUUUGAGGACAGUAACGUGUACAUGUUGCACAUGAUGUACCAGGCCAUGGGCGUCUGCUUGUACAUGCAGGACUGGGAAGGAGCCCUGCGCUACGGACAGAAAAUCAUUAAGCCUUACAGCAAGCAUUACCCACUGUACUCCCUCAACGUGGCCUCCAUGUGGCUGAAGCUGGGAAGACUGUACAUGGGCCUGGAGAACAGAGCGGCCGGGGAGAAAGCCCUGCGGAAGGCCAUGGCGAUCAUGGAAGUGGCCCACGGCAAAGAUCACCCGUACAUCUCCGAGAUCAAACAGGAAAUCGAGCACUGCUGAGCCUGUGCCAACGUGGCGGUGUUACGCGCAUGUGCAGAAGCCCUCCAGUAUUUGAGUGUUUCCAAUUUUGCGUAUCACUCCGCCGUUUCUGCAAACUCAUUGCAGGGAGAACACCAUCUGCACUCAAGCCUUAAACACAGCUCACUUGGCAUUGGUUUUAAUCUUGAACCUUAAGGUCACAUUCAUUUUUGAAUGCUUUUUUUCCCUAAGAGAGAAUGGCAUGGUUUCAUGUACUAUACUUCGGACCGGUUGAGUUUGAAAAAAAUGUUACUAUUUUUCCCUUCAUGCUUAUUAUUAUAACGUUCUGAACAAACCUGAAUGAUGAAAGAGAAUAAAAAAGGUAACAGUGGUUGAA